GAGCAGCUGGACAAGCUGACAACAGCAGGCAUAACAAAAAAAAUGAUGAGACUGAUAACCAUAGAAUCAGUAUUCUAAUCUUUUUAGCACUGAGAUAACUCAAAAGUGCGUAUCACUUAAAAUGAUGUAGGAUGUUAAGACAGGUUGGGAGAGACUAAAGAAUUUUAUCACUGAAUUGAAAGACAUUUGCUGCUUUGGCCACACCCUUCAAAAGACAGUAGAACAUGAACACAGGUUGUUUUGUGCACAAGGAUCAAUAAACAGCAAGUGAAUCUUAAAGGAUAAAGGAUUUUUCCCUACUGUGAGAAGAGGCUGCUUCCAAAGAAGAGUAACGUGUGGAGACCUCUGCACGCCUAGAAUACCAACUGAAAUUGCAGUUUCCAGAUGGCUUUCAAGCACAGUGGAUUGUCUUUCUGUAGGUUGUGCAACGACAACUUAAAAUAUGGGAUCUAAGAAAUCCAAACCAGAUGAUGAACAACAUUUAUUAGGGGAUACAGAUGAUGAAAUAACAGUGCUCUUUGACAAGAUCAAAAUUGUGCUCAUUGGAUGUCAGAAAGCUGGGAAAAAUAAGAUUGGAAAUGCCAUUCUCGGGAAGAACGCCUUCACAUACCUGAACACACGUAAAGAACACUACUUGAAGGAUGACAACACAAUAUUUGGAAGACGCAUUACGUUAAUCCGUGUCCCUGGUUGGUCUCAAGACUUGAGCUCUGAUGAUAUUAAGCAAUUUAAAAUCCAGCAAGUGAUUAAAGACAGUGUGAAGUCGUUUAAAGAUGGACCUCAUGCUAUUCUACUGGUUGUGAAAAGAAACACGACACUUACAGAGACAACAAGAGAGACACUGGAAAAACUUUUGGGUUCCAAUGUUUCUGAGCAUAUGCUAGUUUUUUCUAUAGAUGGAGCAAAGAUUUCAUUUGCUACCAUGAUUGACCACUGUGCAGAGAGGAGACAAACAACAAUUGACAGAUGCAAAAAAAGAUAUCACCUCUUUAGGAGAUGCAUGUGUGGAAAGCAAAACAUGGAGUUAAUUGAAAUAAUUGAGGACUUCAUUAUGAAGAAGAAAGCCAUUAAUUUUCAUUCCACUGGGAAGGAACAACCAAAGCCUGAACGGCAGGUUCAGCAGCUGGCUACUCUGGUGAAUAGACUGAAACAGAGAAUUUCAGAUCUGAGUGAGUACAUCUCAAAAUUACAAUCACGCAACCAGACAGAGACUUCUAAACUGCGAAGAACAAUAGAGUUAAAGAAUGAAGAAAUAAGGAAUCUACAAGCUGUGCUGAGACAAAAGGAGGAAGCACUGAGAGAAAUGAAGGAGGCGACAGAAAGACUAAGGUCAAACCAAAGUACCACAGAGAUGUCUGCCCUGCAUGAAAGGAUAACACAGCUUGAGAAUGAAGGAAGAGAAAGAGAAAAGGAGCUUCAGAAAAUGUUGGAAGAAAAUGAACAGAAAAAGGCAGAGAUAAGAACAUUGAAAGAAGAAAAUCAAGAAUUAAAGGACAUUUUGUGUGUGCAAGAAAGAAAAAAGAGGCAAAUCCAAAGGAGGAUGACAAACGGAACCGAGGCAGAAUCAUUUGAAUUAUAUGUGCUGCUCCCAACAGGUAACUUGCUAUAAAUCUUGCUAAUAUUUUUUAUUUUUUUGUAACAACACUCAUUCUUUGUGUGUACCACUCUGAGUGAAUAGACGUGCAUUAGUAACUCUGGCAGCAACAAAAAUCCAAGACUUAACAAUAUUUAGGGACGAUGUCCAAAUAAAUCUUCUGGAUAACUUUCAUUAGAACAUCUGCUAAUACCAGCGCUUCACUCUGUACAUCACAGAUUCCUCUAUAAACAGAAGUAUACAUUGGUGAUCUUUCACUUUUAUGAAAGAAAGCCUAAAGACUGGGCAUUAAUGUAUUGUAUAUUGCUGUUGUCCAAUGAAAAC